UUUUGCACUGAUAUUAAAUCUCAAAGUAUUGUUUCAUUGAUUUCUUUUUUCGCCUUUAAUUCUGGAGGAUUUCAAUGAAAGAAAUUAAAGGUCAAAUAAAUGCCUAAAGUUGAAUAUUGAAAGAUGUUGUCUCGACUUAAAUUGGCUGUAAGACCAUGUGCAUACUUCUAUCGUUGUGUACACACAAAGGAGAAGGGCAGACCAUUGAUGCUGAGUCCCAGAACAAAUAAGGGCAUGGCAUUCACGUUGGAAGAACGACAGAUUCUAGGCCUGCAUGGGCUUCUGCCUCCUAAAAUAGAAACACAAGAUAUUCAAGCAAUGCGCUUCAAGAAGAACUUGGAAAAAAUUCGGAACCCUCUAACAAAAUAUAUCUAUGUGAUGGGAAUCCAGGAAAGAAAUGAAAAAUUAUUCUAUAGGGUGCUGCUUGACAACAUUGAGGAAUUAAUGCCAAUUGUUUAUACUCCAACAGUGGGCCUGGCCUGCUCACGAUAUGGACAUAUCUUUAGGAGACCAAAGGGUGUAUUUAUUUCCAUUUUGGACAAAGGCCAUGUUAGAUCAAUUCUUGACAACUGGCCAGAGACACAGAUUAAGGCUGUAGUUGUAACAGAUGGAGAACGGAUACUGGGACUUGGAGACCUGGGAGUUUAUGGAAUGGGAAUACCAGUGGGAAAGCUGUGCUUGUAUACGACGUGUGCUGGAAUUGAUCCACGGGGGUGCCUUCCUGUUUGUAUUGAUGUUGGUACUGAUAAUGAGACUCUAUUGAAAGAUCCAUUUUACAUGGGUCUUUACCAGAAAAGAGACCGUUCACACCAUUAUGAUGAACUUAUUGAUGAGUUUAUGGAAGCAAUUGUGAAUAAGUAUGGUCGUGAUACCCUUAUUCAAUUUGAAGAUUUUGGGAAUCACAAUGCCUUCCGGUUUUUGAGGAAAUAUAAAGAUAAAUAUUGUACAUUCAAUGAUGAUAUUCAAGGCACUGCAUCAGUAGCACUGGCAGGAUUGUUAUCAGCCCAGAGGGUGAUUAACAAACCAAUCACAGAGCACAAAUAUCUGUUUCUUGGAGCUGGGGAGGCAGCAUUAGGCACUGCUGAUCUGAUCGUGAUGGCAAUGAAAGAGUCUGGUGUGCCUGAAGAGGAAGCACGGAAGAAGAUCUGGAUGUUUGACAAGUAUGGUUUGCUUUGUGAGGGUCGUUCAGAGUCAAUAGAGGGUCACCAGGAAGCAUAUGCCCACCCAGCACCUGAUCGAUCAGCCAAGACAUUUCUGGAUGCAGUCAAUGUACUGGAGCCCACUGCUAUUAUUGGAGUGGCAGGUGCUGGCAGACUGUUCACCAAAGAAGUAAUUAGUGCCAUGGGCAGAAUUAAUGAACGUCCUAUAAUUUUUGCAUUGAGUAAUCCAACAGCUCAAGCUGAAUGCACUGCAGAAGAGGCAUACACUUUAACAGAGGGGAGGUGCCUUUUUGCCAGUGGCAGCCCAUUUGACCCAGUGACUCUACCAGAUGGACGUGUGUUUCGAUCAGGCCAGGGAAAUAACGCCUACAUCUUCCCCGGUGUGGCACUAGCUGUGACCCUUGUUGGGGUUCGUAAAAUCAGCGAUCAAGUUUUCUUGGAAGCUGCAAAGGCACUUGCUGACCAGGUGACCCAUGAUGAAUUGGCUGAAGGAUGCCUUUAUCCACCCUUGUCUAAUAUCCGGGAAGUGUCUAUCAAUACUGCAGUUAAGGUCGCAGAAUUCUUUUAUGCAAAUGGUAUUGCAUUAGAGUACCCAGAGCCAAAGGACAAAAAGGAAUUUUUUCUUUCGAAGAUGUGGAAGACUCAUUACGAGUCAUUCCUUCCAGAUAUUUAUGACUGGCCAGAGUCUGCAACAAGGCUACCUAAUUUGUAAUGUCACCUUAACCCUUGCUAAAGAAUAGAAGCAUAUAAUAAUUACAAUAAAGUUUUUGAGCCAUUGACAAAUCGCCCUCAAACUUCGUGCAAAAAGGAAAUUUUGUUAGCUAACUUUUUUCCAACCUUAAUUAACUGUAAUUGAUUGGAUCUAUGCAGUCCUUGAAGAUAACUAUGUUGGUGUAAUGAAUCUGAAAUGUGACUCCUUAAAAACUAGUUCUGUCUAGAUUAUGUGCUGAAGUGUAGCUUUAACUGUCUUUAGCAAGCAAGAAUUGUCCAUGGUUUGACUUGCACGUUAUCUUUGCUGGAAUGGAAUUAUUACUGUUGAAGGGCGUAAGCAAAGAAUUAGCUGCAUCAUGAUUGUCCUCUACCUCAAAUUCAAAAUCUCUUCAGAUGCUGUGUAUCAGAGUGACAAAUAUAUUAAAGUAAAAUUUAAAAUAGGUUCCAUAAAAACCAGCAAAUUGAAUUAUUGGAAGGUAUGUAUGAAGAAUUAGGAAUGAUCUUGCAUGUUAAAAUUGUUAAUAUAAACUUGAGUUAUGGUUAAUUUCAAAGGUGUUGGCAGAAGCACAAAUGAAUUUUUUUUUAGUGCUAAGCUAUUGACAAAAUUGCAAUAUUUGAUGGAGGCAGGCUGGUUAACGCCAUGUUUAAUAUUUCCCAUAGAAUGAGACUAUGAGAAGUAGAGUCACUUGGGUUAGGAGUAGUAGCUCCAACAGAAAUAUCCUGCUCAAAGUAUAGGAUACAAUUGAUCUUGAACAUUUUUCAAACAAAAAAAAAUUGCUGUUUACAAACUGUAAAAUAUCACUUGUAUUGCAGCUCUAAUGGAUAUUUGACUGUUGCAUAGAUCCCUUUCUGCUUUCCAAUCCUUCCCCACCACUCUUUGGUAUCCUGUUUCAAAAAAAAAUGUAUUUGGCUUUCAGAUAAGCAGGACAUUGAGUCAGAAAUUCAAUAAUGGUCAAACUUGUGUUUCCAUGUUAUUAAUUAUAGGAGUUUUCAAUUGCUGAUUGAUGUAAAGAAUAUUUUUUCCCAUUCAUUGAGAAAAUAUAGUAUUUUUGUACAAAGAUGUGUUACCUUCGUUUCUCUGGAAUAUGGAAGUCCAAUGUUUGUGCGGGGAGUUCAAUAACCAAAACCCACAUCACAUUUAAAAUUAAAUUGCAAUGAAGCUGAAAAUUUGAAGAGAUCUGUGGUUGAUUGCAGUUCUUGGAAUAAUGAAAAUAAAAGUUUUUAAAAGCUUCAGUAGUUUGGUAAACUAAAAUAGUUUAAUGUAACAAAACUUUGACAAUCUGCUGUCAAAUUAUUUAAAAUUCCAGUGGUUACUAGGAUGCCGGUUCCUGCUCUCCCUUGAAGCUUGCUGGGUUCACUGGGGGGGAAAAAAAAAUUAUAAUACUGUGUGACAUCUUAAACGUUAUUUAAAAGUAUGUUGGGGUAUUAUAUAAAUCCAACAGUCCAGCACAAGUCUCAAACAUGCCAGGUUAUCAGUGUUUUAUUAAAACAAAUGUAGGUGACUUGUGCAAGAAAAGUAUUCAGUUAAACAUUAGGAUUUUUAAAUAGUAGAAUGAGAUGAUUGGUAGACAGAAUUGGAAUUAAGUUUCACUUGGAAGAAUAGCAAAAGUAAAAUUUGAUUCAUUAAAAAAAAAAUUCCAGGAAAAUCUUACAGCUGAAGGCCAUUGAGGGACAAACUGUAUGAAAUUCUCCUUUUUGUAGUUGUUUUAAUGUAAUGUAUCAUUGUAAUUGUUCUAUUGUCACAGAUGUAUACAAAUUUGUGUUUGUGAGAAGUAUUUAGAUUUUUAAAAGCUGAGUAUUAAACUUAGAAUUAAUAUGUCUGAAUUCCAAACUGCCAUUACCAGGUCUGAUUUAUAAAUAUUACCUUUUUACAAUUUACUUCAGUUUCCUGAACCUUAUUGAUGUGAGGAAUAAAUUAUAAAUAAGCCUUCAGUGCCAAAAUCGUCUGGAUUGGAUUUUGUCUGACUCAAUGCAUUUUCAGUAUUUGGGAAAUAUGCAGCAUCUUGCUCAAAAAUGGGAAUAUCUCACUGUUUCCAUUAAAUGGAGGUAAAUGUAAUUCUGACCCAAGAGCAAAAUAUGUGUGAGAAUGAACCAGUAGCUUGGUGUCAAACAUAUGUUUUAGUCUUUAUCUGUUUUGCUUUGGCCUGGUGAUGCUAGGACCAGUGCACUUGCUAAAUCACAAAACUAGCAGAUAGGGCUGUAAGCUAACUUGAAAUUUUUCAGAACUUGCUGAACUCCAGGAGGGUAGCAGUAGAUUGGAAAACAGCCAAUGUGACUCCCUUGUUCAAAAAAGGAGAAAAGCAGGGAACUACAGGCCAGUUAAUUUAACAGCUAUUAUUAAGAUGCUAAUCAUUUAGGAAAGCUGAAAAGAAUUAAA